AUGAUUCUCUGAUUACCAAACGUGGAUUCUUGACACCAAGUUUGCUACGAGAACACGUCAUCAAACUCUGGGAGAAAGAAGGUUUCUUCCUGAAGCAUCUGUUCUCAGGGUUUGACAUGAACAACUCGGAGAAAGGCUUCAGUCCUGAAGUUUUCUUUUUGGAGUUGCUUGUGGUUCCUCCAUGCAGGUACAGGCCUGUUAAUCGUUUGGGAGACCAGAUGUUCACCAACGGACAGACCGUGAACCUCCAGGCCGUGUUAAAGGAUAGUUUCAUCAUUCAGAAACUGCUCGCACUAAUCGCUGCUGAGAAGACCAACGCUACUGAAGACACACAGACAGAGAUGGAGCAGUCCAGUGAAUCUACAGAGAUCAGUCAGAUAGAUCAGACCUUCUUAACGGGAAUCCAAGGCCUGACUCUCACAGACAAGCUCUAUAACAUGUGGAUCCGCCUGCAGAGUCACGUCAACAUCGUGUUUGACAGCGACAUGGACAAACUGAUGACUGAGAAGUUCCCAGGCAUCCGUCAGCUCUUGGAGAAGAAAGAGGGUUUGUUCAGGAAACACAUGAUGGGAAAGCGUGUGGAUUACGCUGCACGCUCAGUCAUUUGUCCUGAUAUGUACAUCGGAACCAAUGAGAUUGGAAUACCAAUGGUUUUUGCUACCAAGUUGACGUACCCACAGCCGGUGACACCCUGGAACGUGAAGGAACUCCGGCAGGCAGUGCUGAAUGGACCCAGCAUCCACCCUGGAGCCUCCAUGGUCAUUAAUGAAGACGGGUCCCGAACCAUCCUCAGCAGCAGCAACCUGACCCAGAGAGAAGCCGUGGCCAAACAGCUCCUGACCCCCAGCACCGGCCAGCACAGGAUACCCAUGAAGAUUGUGAGUCGUAAUGUAAUGUACUGUGUUUUUCAGGUGGUCAUUCGUCAGGGAGAGCUCUUGCUGGGAGUUCUGGAUAAAGCCCACUAUGGCAGCUCAGCGUACGGUUUGGUCCACUGCUGCUACGAGCUCUACGGAGGAGAGACCAGCGGCAAACUGCUCAGCUGUCUGGCACGGCUCUUCACUGCCUACCUGCAGCUUUACCGCGGUUUCACCUUGGGUGUGGAAGACAUUCUAGUAAAAGAUGGAGCCAACAAACAGAGAAGGAAAAUUAUCCAAAAGUCAGUCACAUGUGGCUCCAAGAUCUCCUGUUUAUUGGGUCAGAUUGAGCUGGAGGGCCGCCGGCCGCCACUGAUGCCUUCUGGGAAGUCCCUGCCCUGCUUUCAGCCCUAUGAACCUCAGCCGCGAUCCGGAGGAUUCGUAACUGGCAGAUUCUUGACGGGGAUCAAACCUCCUGAGUUCUUUUUCCAUUGUAUGGCUGGUCGUGAAGGUCUUGUGGACACUGCUGUCAAAACCAGUCGAUCUGGUUAUUUGCAGAGGUGUGUGAUCAAGCAUCUAGAAGGUCUGGUGGUCCAGUAUGAUCUGACUGUGCGAGACAGUGAUGGCAGUGUGGUCCAGUUUCUUUACGGAGAGGACGGCCUGGACAUCCCCAAGACCCAGUUCCUUCAGCUGCAGCAGUUCCCUUUCAUCAAAGACAACUACGAGGUUAUCAGAAAGUCAAAGUGCUUGGAUGAAGUUCUGGCUAAAAUGGACCCAGAGGCAGCAUUUAAUCACUUUAAAGCCAUUAAGAGAUGGAAAGCCAAACAUGAGCGUGUUUCACCCAGAGACGGUGCCUUCCUGCUCUUCUCACAGAAGAAACUGAGCAAGUUGAAGUCUCAAAUCGAAGACCAGACACUGGCCAAUGGGAGAGAGCCAGCCACUCUACAGCUCUUGGAGAAUUGGAGAGCUCUGGAUGAGUCUGGCCGUAAGAAGUAUUUAAAGAAGACGUCUCAUUGUCCAGACCCGUGUCUGGGUCUUUACCGGCCGGACAUCUGCUUUGGUUCAGUGUCUGAGACCUUUGACUCCAUUGUUGAGUCCUACAUGAAUCAGUUCAAUGUCAAGCAGGAAUUUCAGACCUCCUCUGAAAUCAUUGACACGGAUAGAUUGAGGCAUCUCCUGCAGCUGAAGUGGCAGCGAUCUCUGUGUGACCCCGGAGAGGCCGUGGGUCUGCUGGCAGCUCAGAGCAUUGGCGAGCCGUCCACCCAAAUGACCCUCAACACCUUCCACUUCGCCGGCAGAGGAGAGAUGAAUGUCACAUUGGGUAUUCCAAGAUUAAGAGAAAUACUCAUGGUUGCGAGCUCUAACAUCAAAACCCCCAUGAUGAGCAUUCCAGUUCUGAUGAACAAGAAAGCCUUGAGACGUGUUAAGACGCUGCGGAAGAAGAUAACGCGUGUGUGUUUGUCAGAGGUGCUUCACAAAGUGGAUGUGAUAGAAACUUUCCGCUCGGUAGAGAAACGGAGCCAGAAGUCACGUGUUUUCAAACUCACGUUCCACUUCCUGCCCCCAGAGCGAUACCAGCAAGACAAGCUACUCACCCCUAAUGAGAUUCUUCAGUUCAUGGAGCAGAAAUUCUUUCGCAUGCUAUUGGAGGCCAUUAAGAAGCUGAGUGCUAAACUGGCGGCUGUCAAUGUGGUGGAUACGCGCAAAGCCAUGGCGAGUGAUAAUGAUCGAGAUGCCGGUGCCAUUGCACACAAAGAGGAUGAUGCCGAUGAGGAAACUGAAAACAACAGGAUUGUGGAUGAUGAGGCGAAUGAAGGUGAUACUGAUGCCACAGAUUCCAGGAGAAAAGAAAAACAAGAAGAGGAGGUAGACUAUGAGAGUGAGGAGGGAGAGGAGGCCAUCGAUGAGGAACUGGAGGAUGUGGCCGAGGGCGGACAGGAAGAGGCAGGUUCUCAGGAGAACUCUGAGGAAGAGUCUGGUGAAAGCCAACCAGCAGACCAGACCCAGAGUCCUGACAUCUCUGAAGAGCUGGAGGGAGCUUCACAGGACUCCAUGAGGAUCAGCACUGUGCUUCAGUUAAGCUCCGCCAUUGAGGACUACAAAUAUGACACCAAAAAUGGGCUAUGGUGUGAGCUAACCCUGGUCCUACCCCUCACUAAAGUGCACUUUGACCUCACGUCAGUGGUGGUGAAGCAGGCUCAGGACGCUGUCAUCAUGGAGACCAAGGGUAUCACACGCUGCUUGUUAAAUGAAGUCACCAUAAAGGAGGGCAAAAAACAGAUGGUGCUCAACACAGAGGGCAUCAACAUGCAUGAGAUGUUCAAACAUGCUGAUAUCCUGGACUUGAACAGGUUAUACUCCAACGAGGUUCAUGCUAUGGCCAGCACGUACGGUAUUGAGGUGGCCCUCAGAGUCAUUGAGAAGGAGAUUAAAGAUGUGUUUGCUGUCUAUGGUAUUGAGGUGGACCCACGCCAUCUCUCUCUAGUGGCUGACUACAUGUGUUUCGAGGGGGUGUACAAGCCUCUAAACAGAUUUGGCAUUCAAUCCAACAGCUCCCCGUUGCAACAGAUGACCUUUGAGACCAGUUACAAGUUUUUAAAGCAAGCCACGAUGCUGGGUUCUUAUGACAGACUCAGUUCGCCCUCAGCUUGCUUGGUUGUAGGAAAAGUUGUGAAAGGAGGAACCGGCCUCUUCGAUCUGAAACAGCCGUUAUAGCAAUGGACUGGGAUUGGAGAAUUCAUUUGCUCACUGUUAUGGACUGCAGAAUGACAAACAGCAAUAUUUCUUUGUCUACAACAUCAAUAAAUAUUUUCUUUUGA